CCUUUUGGAUUCUCCUCCCAUGGUCAUUUUCCGUCGAUUCUCUCCUCCUCCUACCAGAUACCGACAAAAAUACCCAUUUUUCCUCCACUUCUUCAGCAUAUUUUAGGCAUUUUCACAAUCCACAUGCUUCAUGUUUUCAACCCCUGUAUCAAAAUGGGCUGCUAAUCCCCAAGGCCAAGAUUAUGGUGCUAACAAAAGCUCUUCUCUUCAAUCCAACCUUCUCUUGCCCUUCUGAGCUACAUUCUUUGAAACCCACUUCACUUAUUCCUUCAAGACCGGUCUUAUUUUGUGGGAGUGAUUCCAAGGUUGGCGUGUCAAAGUCUACAACUGAGUUCGUCAAAAGGUCUGCGUUUAGGAGUGGCGAUGGUGAGAACAUUUUCAGAGUUUUUCAACGCGAAGCUUUUGUGAAGGACUUCAUUGAGUUUUGUCCUGGAUCCAUGGCUGAUGAAUUGGGAGCUACUCUCAAUCGUCUGUCCAAAUGGGUUGUAUCUUCCAUGUUCGCUGUUGUGCUUAUAUGGAGGCAUGAUGCUGCGUCUUUGUGGCUUGCUAUGGGAUCUGUUGUAAAUUUUAUCCUCUGUGUAAGACUCAAGCGGAUAUUCAACCAACAGAGACCUCUUUCUACAUUGAAAUCUGACCCAGGGAUGCCAUCUUCGCAUGCGCAAUCCAUUUUCUACAUUUCUAUGGUCUCCGUUCUGUCAAUUAUAGAAACAUUUGGAGCAAAUGAAAUUACGUUUAUCGUAGCUGCUCUUGCAUUGGCGUGCGGCUCAUAUCUUUCAUGGCUGCGGGUUUCACAACAAUUUCACACAACAAGCCAAGUGGUUGUUGGUGCUGCCGUUGGGUCAAUUUUCUCCAUUUUGUGGUUUUGGUCAUGGCAUGCCAUUUUGCUGGAAGCAUUUAUGUCCUUUUGGUGGGUUCGAAUAAUUGUUGCUUUUGGAGCUCUUGCAUACUUAUUGUGUUUUCUUUCACUUGUGAUCCGCUUCUGGCUUCCUCAUGAACAAUAACUUCUCUUUUCCCCUUUUUCAAUUAAAGUAUUAAACAAUGUCAAUCGAAAAGGAAACAUUUUCGAUGAAUGAAAGAACACAUUUGAGAAA